AUGGAAAGUAUUUAUCAGUGCAGCAAAUCAGGGGAUUCAAAUCAGUUUCGGGAAUGGAUGGUGGCCCAAAGAAGACAAAGACGCCCUUCUAAGCCAAAAAAUCAAGAAACUGCCCAAGAGUAUCCAAUUACAGAUUUCCAGCGCUCAUUGAUAACGAAGAGUAAGGAGUUAACGAGGAAGGCCCUUCAUCUAGCAAGACUCCUAAAGCCAAUUCCCAGAUUGUUUGCUAAUGGUGGAGCCACUGCUUUUAAUAUGUACUCAGAUAGCGGAGCUUUGCCUUCUGCAAUGCAUGGUAAAUACUUGAGUGUGCCUCUUUGUACUGGUAGAAAUAAGAAGACUGUCACAGUCACACUCCUUAAAUCCCACGGUGGCUUAGGUAUCAGACAAGCCAAAGGUGCUAAUUCUGAUCUUAUUGGGAAACUUGGUGGGGAAAUUGACAAUGGCUCUAACAAACUUUGGGAUAAAAUUAUUGGUAUCUCUGAGCAAAUCUAUAUAAUUCGCAGGUUGGUUCGUGAUUACAAAGAAGCUUUUGCUCCUCUUUUGCAUUAUGCAGAGCCAGGCAACACUCGUUUGAUCUAUUGGCAUCCUCCAACUGGGAACUCAUGGAAGCUCAAUAUGGACGGUAGCUUCCUCGAGAAUCCUGGGAGGGCUAUUGCGGAGGUCUUAUUAGAGAUCAUUCUAGAUUAA